UCGCUCUCGCUCUCUCUCUUUCUCACUAGGGAAGAAGGGCACCAGAGUAUGACUUAAGACGAUGAUAUUGUACACGAGCACACUUUUUUGACCACUUGUACCAGUAUCAAUAUCAGAUAUAUGAGAGUCAUUGUUUUAAUCGGUUGCAGAUAAAGUUUGUUUUCAUCGGGAGGAUUUAUUGAGAGGAAAAUGCAAAGUGACUAACUGUUAGCAUAGCUUCUAAGGCUAACAAUAUCCCUCCGCCCGGGCAGUGUGAUGCGUGAUUGGCGGAAGGACACACAACUACCAGUGGCCAUAUUACACACACGCAGCGUGUUUGCGGCUAAUUGCUAGCAUCUAGUCAAAGAGCAGUUUCAAGCUUUUCUUGUGGAAAAGACGCCACUUUGCGCUUACAGCUUUACUCCAAUCGCUGAUUUCGGGAACCUGUAAAGACGCACAAAAGUGAAAUAAUCCCUUGAGCUUCCCCCCCUUUCAUUCUCCUGUCAUCGCUCGCUGCGCACAGAUGGCCAAUCAUUCCGACGUGUCGAUGGAGUCGGAGGAAGAGUUGUCGUGCGAUGAAGACGAGGAAGAGGAGGACCCCCCAGCGAGCACGGGAGCGUAUGGCCGCCGCCCGCCAGAGCUGUCAGGGGCUCGUCUGGGUUUUUCACUCAACGGCCGGCACAUCCCCCCGUUGCCCGCAGGGGGCGCCAUGGAGUUGAAGCUACAUUUCCAUCCCAGCGGUUCAUCCAGCGGCUUCGUCACUGUCCGUGCAGCAUCGCCUUCCCUGUCUGCAUGCGCUGCCGACAUCACGGGUGCGGUCUUGGGACAAGCAGCUCAGCCGGUUUUCAAGGAGCCCCAGAACAGCGCCAUUACCCAGAAGACACUGCUGCAUUCCUCAAUGCCCAAGACCCCCGCUGGCACCAGCAAAGAUCAUAUACCCAAAGGUCUGGCCCGACCUUUGAGGUGUACGGUGUGCAUAUCUCAGUACAAGUUGGUCUCGGAGCUGCGAGGAUUCGUUUGCUUCUGCAGUCCCGUCGUCGCAGAGAGCCUGACGCAGCUCAAGAUGAUCAGGAAGAAGAAAAACGACAGGAAGCGCAAUAGAAACAGAGCCAAAAAUGCCGGCAGAGAGUCAGUGGCUGCCGUGAGUUCCGCCGUGAGUUCCGCCGUGAGUUCCGCCACUGCCGGAGUCAGCCGCACCUCCUCACCACGCCCGGCCGCAGCGGCUGCUCCUUCCGACCCCUCGGCGGGCCCUGCCCGCUGCCCCGACUCCCCUCAGCUUGUUCGGCCAGAGCCCGACCUUGGGAAACUGGUCAUCAUGGUAGACGACUUCUACUACGGACGCGACCCGGGAGGCCGUGCCGUCAGCGACCACAGCUACACCCAGCGCGUACAUACCGGACUCUUCCACUGCCUGCAGUGCCAAGACAUCGUUGGCAGCAACAUCCAGCUGAUGUCCCACUUGAAGACGCACAUCGCCAAGAUGGCGGAAGAAGACCGCCACAUGGACUCGGUGUCUUCUUGUCCUCACUGCUUCCGACGCUUUAGCUCGCCAUUCAGACUUGAGUGCCACGUGGAGACUGUGCAUAUGCAGCGCGUGACCAACGCCAAGUGCGAUAUCUGCGAGCUGGACUUUGGCACAGAGUCUUUAUUUCUGCAACACAUGAAGAACACGCACAAGGCUGGAGAGAUGCCCUACGUGUGCCAGGUGUGCAACUUCAGGUCCUCAUUCUACUCGGACGUGUGGAGUCACUUUGAGGAGUUUCACGCCGACACCAAGAACCUGCUGUGUCCGUACUGCCUCAAGGUUCUACACAGCAGCGCCUUCUAUUUUCAGCACUUUGCCAGGCAUCAGAGAAAGUUUGUGUUCAGCUGCAAAAAGUGUCGCCUUCACUUCCUUUACGGCAAAGAGCGCCAACAGCACCACGACCUGCACCACGGAAGCCACAUCACGCCCACCCAGGUCACGGGACUCAAGCCGGGGACCAAGGUGACCGUCAGGACCUACUCGGUGGUGGCAGGAGCCAAAUGUGAGGAGGCCGCCGGCCGAGCGGUGGUCCCAUGUAAGGUGGUCGACGUGGAGGCAGUGCCACCCGCGUCAGAAGCUGCCAAGAACAAGUCAAGGGAGGUUUUAGAUCUCGUCUUGUCCAACCUCAGCAGCGAGGAUGAGGUGUCACACCGGCGGCUGGGGCGCUGCCUGGAGUGUCGGAUGUCCAUCGGCAAGUUAAGCGCUCACUUCCCGUCUCGCGUGCGCUGCUCGCUGUGCCCGUUCGCCACCUGCUGCUCCACCGCCUACGCCAACCACAUGAUCAGAGACCACACGGCCCUGAAGAAACAGCCGCACUUUGGCAGCAUGUUUCACCCGCACGUGCGGUUGUGGAGGAAGCUGCACUGCGCGUCGUGCUCUUACGUCACCCAAGUGGGAGAUCAGAUGGCUGUGCACCUGGCCGAGUGCCCCGCCCACCUGUGCGUCAUGCCAGAUCCUUGCAACAUGGUGGGAACCCGGACGGAAGCUACAACGCCUCCUGACAGUAGCUGUGGUGCGAAAUCAUCGGGAGGAGCAUUCGUGGCCAUCGACCACGUACAGCCCAGCCGGGCCUCAGGCCAGCUGUCGCUCAAACCGCUGGACUCGCCCUACGACCCGCCCUCGCCGGCUGCCAUGACCAUCAAGUUCAUCAGGCCUCAGCUGCCACCGGGUCAAGAGCCUGUUGCCGCUGCUCCUCCUCCGCUUCCCGCUGGCCCGCUGGCGGCGACGCAGGAGAGCCAUCUGCUGGCGGAGUGGGAGUGGCGUGUGGCCACCUGGGCGCUGAUCCGCCACGAGCAACAGCUGCGCAUCUGUGAGGACGUCCUGCUGCGGUCGGGCGCCCGCGUGCCACCCGAGAGCGCCCGCGAAGCCGAGCACCACCGCCGCGCCGUCGAACGCCUGUGCCGGCACCUGCGGCCUGGCUGCCCUGGCGGACGCCUACCCAACAAAGUCCUGGACAUGGUCAUGGAGAAGAGCACCGCCUUCAUCCUCUCACUAUGCUCCCGUAUCCAGAGCGAGAGUCUGCGGCCAGGGCGCGUGGGCUUUAUGGACGAGCUGUCGGUGUUUGUGGACGCCGAGCUGUUUGCCAGGCGCAACGGGCGGGCCUUCCGGCUGGAGGGCUCGCCGGCACAGACGCCGCUCUUCGACGUGGUGCUGUCGGCACUGUCGGACGGAACCUUCCUGGCACCCAUGCUCUUCUUCCGCGGGGUACCGAUGGCCCUUCCCGUCGGCUUCCCCAACAAUGUGUUGCUGGAGGCCCGCUGCUACGGCUUCACUGAUUUCCGACGACUGCAGCUGUGGGUGCGCAAGGUGUGGUGCCCGCGCUUGUGGCCGUACAGCAAGUCGCUGCUGCUGGCGGACGUCCAUCGGGGCCACAUGACGGACGGGUUCAAGGCCCUGUUGAGCGCCGCCUCCACCGACGUUGUCCUUAUCCCCGCCGGCUGCAGCUUCCGCCUGCAGCCGCUGGACGUCUGCGUCAAGCCCGUUCUACUCAACUUCCUGCAGGUCCGUUGGAACCAGUUGGUGGCGCGUGGCGGUCUGGAAGGUCUGGGUCUGGACCAGCUGGCCCUGAUGUUGGCCUGCUGGCUUAGCGAGGUGACGUCCACGCUGACCUCGGACGUCAGCAUCUUGAAAAGGUCCUUUGCGUCCGUGUGUCACCUGCAAAAGGAGCAGACAGACGCCGAGCAGUUGAUCCAAUUGCUGACCGCCAAGCUGAACGUGCCCCUGGAACUCGCUAAGCCUCCUGUUCUGGGUCUGGACCCAGACCCUGCUCCGGAUCCCGCUCCGGUCCCCGCUCGUCCCACCAAGCAAGUGCGGCUUCUCCUGGUGGUGCACAGCGACCAGCGUCAGAAAAUGAACUUGAGCCAAGAGGACAGCGACCACCCCGAAAUGGCAUGACGUCAGCUUUUCUGCCGCGACGAUGCCAUUGUCGGCAAUUGGUUUAUAAUGUUUCACUCAUUCCCGAGUGCCUGUUCACUACCUUGGAAAGUUUAUUGGACGUUUUCAGACGUGUCUGGGCCCAGGAAAAGGGUUACGAAUUCCCAGCGCAGCCUUUGUGACCUCGGCAACACCUAGUGGUCGUAUGCAGCAUUACACCAUGUUACUGUUCACUAGAGAUUUUCAAUUUGUUUCCUCAAUUCUGAGAAUUAUUAAAAAUUCUUUUUCUGAAGGAUGAC